AUUACCUCGGGUGAAGAAUAACCUAUUCUGCACCUUGGGUGAUGAAUAGUAACACUAUAUAUUGGUGUUGUAGAAAUUGAUAUAUCUUUGUCAAACUUAAUGAAAUUUGACUUGGACAAGCUAGAACUUCAAUUAUUUUGAAAUGGCGGUAGUAGUUUAUUGGGCACUACUUUUGAUUUGUACUAUCACACGCUACGGCGUGUUUCGUACAGUAGUUCAACGUCAAACUCUGGAUGAAGAAUUAAUUAGCAUAUCACAUGUGUUAUCUGACACUGCUCAGUUAAAUAAUCUGACAGCGCCACUUGCUUACUGAACAAAUUUUCUCUUCAUUCUCUAUUGCCAGAUCGGGUCUUCGCUCUUGGAACUCAAUCCAUCCAGUUCAGCCAGCCAUGGAGUUCCUGCAGGACAGCAUCCCCAAGGUGUGCCUCGCCGCCGCGGCCGCCGCGCUGUACGCGCGCGCGUCGUCGUCCCUCCUCCGGCCCGGCCUCCCCCGCCUCGUCGCGCUGCUCCCGGUGCUCGCGUUCCUCGCCGCCGCGCCCUUGGCGUGCACUUCCUCCACCAACGUCCGGGGCACCGCCGCCUUCUUCCUCGCCUGGCUCGGCACAUUCAAGGUCGCCCUCCUCGCCGCCGGCCGCGGGCCGCUCGACCCAGCGCUGCCCGUGCUCACGUUCCUCUUCACCGCCUUGCUCCCCGUCAAGCUCCGCGGAGCAGCGGCGCCGGCCAAGGCCGGCAAGCCGGUGUCGCUCGUUUCCUGCGCGGUCAAGGUCGCCGUCAUAGCCGUCCUGCUCUGGCUCUACCAGUUCAGCGACCGGAUGCACCUCUACGCGCGCCUCGCGCUGUACGGCGUCCACAUGUACUGCUUCUUCGACCUCCUCCUCCCCUGCAUCGCGGCCGCCGGCGGCGCGCUCGGCAUGGAGAUGGAGCCGCAGUUCGACCGGCCGUACCUGGCCUCGUCGCUGCGCGACUUCUGGGGCCGGCGGUGGAACCUCAUGGUGUCCGCCAUCCUCCGGCCGUCGGUCUACGACCCCGUGCGCGCCCGCGCAGGGAGCGCCGCCGGCGUGCUGGCCUCGUUCGCGGUGUCCGGGCUGAUGCACGAGGCCAUGGUGUGCUACCUCAGCCUGCGGUGGCCGCCCAGCGGCGGGAUGGCCGCGUUCUUCGUCCUCCACGGCGUCUGCUGCGUCGCCGAGGGGUGGUGGGCGCGGCGGUGGGCGACGAGCGGGUGGCCGCCCCUGCAGCGCCCCGUGGCCACGGCGCUGGUGGGGCUGUUCGUGACGGCCACGUCGUUCUGGCUCUUCUUCCCGGCUCUUCUUCCCGGGGUCGAGGAGAAGCUGAUGGAGGAGUGGGCCGCAGUGGGGGCUUUCUUCCUCGACGCCGGCGGGAAAGUUCCGUCGUAUGGUCAACGGAGCAAAAGUUAGAAAGAUCAACCCCACGUAUACAAAAUUACAAAUCGAAUGCUCAGCUUUUGUAGUCUGGAGAAAAGCAAUUCCGGGAGAUCCCGUGCAUGAAUCAUCCGUCUUUGAUGUAUUGUUUUUUGUUGUGUAUUCUAUUAUUUAUUUUUAUGAGUAAAUCACAAAAACAUAUUUGUUGAUCCUAGAUAAAAAGGAACACCAUGUUUCACUUCUUUGAGAAACAUGUCACCAUUG